UCCAAGUCAGCAGCGCGGCGGCAUGGCGGCCUAGGGAGAGUGUGUUGUUUCUGAGGCCGCUCUCCAUUUCGGAGCUUCGCCCGCGCCUGCGGAUCGAGGGUCCGCUCCUGAAGCCGGUGCUUGGAUCGUGGAGGCGGGCCACGUCUUCCAGCGGCGAUGCCUCACCGGAAGAAGAAGCCCUUCAUUCAGAAGAAGUCGGCGGUGACCUUUCACUUGGUGCACAGAAGCCAGAAGGAUCCACUGGUCGCAGACGAGAACGCCCCACAGAGAGUUCUACUGCCAGCAGAGAGAACAGAUUUACAAAAGCGAAAAGAAGAGGAAAGGAAAUACGGCAUCUUCUUUGAUGAUACUUACAACUAUCUGCAGCAUUUGAAAGAGGCAUCUCCGGUUGCUGAGCUUGUGGUCUCCAGUGUACCCCGGAAGGAGAGCCAAGACACCGUUACCACGGGCGAUGGAGACCUGUGGGAGGAAGUGCAACAGAUUCCUGUUCACUCCAUUAACCUGCCAUCGUCAGUUUUUGCUUCAGAGUUUGAAGAGAAAACUGGAUUGCUGAACAAAGCAGCUCCCAUUCGAGGACCUCGCCCAGACCUCGACCCGGAUAUUGUUGCUGCUCUCGAUGAUGAUUUUGAUUUUGAAGAUCCAGACAACAUUCUGGAAGAUGACUUUGUGGUGAAGGCUCGUGGGAGAGAGAGUGCGGAGAAUGCUGAAGUGGAUUCUGAUGACGAGGAGUGGGAGGAUACAGAGGAUGAAGACUUUGACUCGGCCGGUGCUCUCUCUGAUGACGAUGAUAAUGCUGGUUCAAAGAUUGUUGGCUUUGAAGGCCGGAUGAGGGAAUUCUCCUUCAUGGAGGAGGAAACCAGGAGUCGCUUCACUGCCUACUCCAUGACAUCAUCUGUGAUGAGACGAAAUGAGCAGCUCACCCUAUUGGACGAUCGGUUUGAGAAGUUGUACGAAGAGUACGAUGAUGAUGAGAUUGGAGCUCUGGAUCACCACGAACUUGAGGGAUCGAUUCAGGUGGACAGUGUACGGCUAGAUGAAGUUAUCAGUGAUUACCACACUCAGAAAGCAAAAGACUGUCAGAUGCCCGAUGAGCUGGGACCAAGGGGAGGUGUUCUAUUAAAGGGAGAUGAGGAAGCGGAAAAUGAGGAGAUUGAGGUUCUCGUCAUUGAGGAACCAACCGAGCAAUGGGACUGUGAAUCCAUCCUGAGCACCUAUUCAAAUUUAUACAACCACCCGAAGCUGAUAACUGACCCGCCUAAGCUCAAUCCAGUCAAGGUGUCCAGGAAAACCGGGAUUCCCUUGGAUGUAUUACCGAAAAGGAGUCUGACCACUAAACAAUUGGAGCGGAUGGAAAUGAUUAAUGUCAGUGACCUUCCCAGAGCCUCCACGCAGUCACGCCCACCGAAUGAGAGCAAAGAGGACAAGAAAAUCCGGAAACAGAAAAUUAAAGAAGAAAGAAAGGAGCGAAAACUGGAGAAAAAAGCCAACAGAAAUGCAUUUAAAAUAGAGAAAGUAAGACAGGAACAAGUGAUAAUGAACCUGAGACAGAACUUGCAGGGAAUCAGACUAGAGUUAUAGUACAUAAGGGUCUCCCUCUCCCACUGGAUAUUGGAUAAAGGAGGGAAUUUGUCGGAGGUUCACUCACUGACUGACAGUUCGAAUGAAGAGUUCAGACUAACCCCUCUGCUGCCUCUGACCAUCAGCCAAUCCAAUAGACUUGAUUCCUUACCAAGAUUCCCAAAGCUUUGGCCCUUCUUGCAACGAUUGCAGCAUGGACCUGCAUUUUUCCUCAAGAGAAACUCACCCUUUCAUCAAAGGCCAAAGUUUCUUUGGGAUGUCUGCGGAAUGUUCUCCUUAACUCUGAUCAUCUUCAGAAUGGAAAGGCACUCUCAUUGGUGGAUCUUUUUCCCACAAAAGACCGUUCAUUUAAAAAAAAAAGGCCUGUGCCUCGACUUAUUUAUGGAACGCUCGAGUUUCUCAGCCAGUGUGUCUGUUCCAUUGACUGGACAGCUGGCUCCAGACGACAAGGCCAUGUACUCAAUUCCUGCACCAGCUGAGGUUACCAUGUCAGACUUUCCUCUUCAGCCUCUCCCCUCGCUUGAGGUGCAGUGACCCUCAGGUUAAACCACUACCAGUCUUCACAGUCUGAUGGAAGAGCAGCUCGGUGGUCUGGUAAGACUGUGAUGACCUAAAGACUGUGGCUUUAGUGACUAGUCCAUGCAGCUGCAGACGGUCUGCGUGGGAGCUGGGCUCUUGGUCAGUGACACUCUGGAAAGUGUGAUGCCAUAAUCUGUUGUUCAGAUGAUGCAACGCUGCCGAGGUACUGUUCCUCGAAUGAGAUAUUGGAAUAAUGCAAUGCAAAAUUGAGAUUUUGUGAACUAAUUGCAAAGCUGCUUCCACUGACAGGAGUGACAGUACCAGGAUGGGGGACACAAAAGAUGCAGAAUGGGCAAUGAGAAAUGUAGCGAGAUAUGUGCUACUUGAAAGAGGAAUGAAGUGAAUUCAAUAAUCACUUUCAAAAGGAAAUUGGAGGAAUCCUUCAAUGGGGAAACGUUUGAAGAUUUAUUGGCAAAGAGCAGAUGAAAGAAACUAAUCAGAUAGAUUUUUCAAAGAGCCAGCACAAGUGCAAAUGGGCUGAGUGGCCUUCCCUCCUGUGUAAUUUAUGGGACUUCAACCUAGCAUUCAGCUCUUUCUCCAGACCGUAGUUGUGAUGUUUCCCUGUGUGCUGUGAGAUGUGCAACCUCUGUCUUUGAUGCCUCUCCUGAUGUGUAGCGAGUGCAGCAAGGAACGUAAUGCACAGUUGAAUAUCAUCAUCCACUGAUUGUCACUAAUACAAGUGAGCUCCAGGAAAACAUUCUAAAACUCAAACUACAGGCCUUUUCCACUAUCUUGUCAUUUAGCUAGUACCACUUCCCACGCCAUUUCCCUUACCAGAAAGGCCCUGUGCGGCACCGAGCGUGUGGAUGCAGGAAACAAACAUUGAUGGAGAGAAACCUCCCAUUGCUGUGCUGGGUGUAACGUACGACAAAGUCGUCAGAGUUCACUGGUAUUUCAGGGCAUCGUGGGGAUUUUUUUCUCCACUGCUGUACAGUGUAUUGUGGUAAUUCAGAGAAUGAAGGCCCAAUGUGGUCAGUAAUAACUUUCUGCCAUUGCUCAAAUGGCAUGACACCUCCAGAUAAAUGUCCUGAGUCCUUUCUUUGGACUUGUUUCCACUAGUGACUAUCUUUUGUCAGCUUUGUAAUAGCAAGAGGCAGGCAACUAUUUUAAAAGAAUCAUGAGAUGUGGGAGUUGCUGCUAACACCAGCAUUUCUUACCCCUGCAUAAUUGCCCCAGCAAAGGUGGUAAUAAACUGCUCCUUCAGAUACACAAGAGAAUCUUGCUGGGCCUUUGCAGACAGAUAAAGGCUAGCCAUGUUGCCUUGGAACUAGAAUUACAAGCAGCUCAGAACGAGGUACAUUCCCUUCACUAAAGGAGCAAAUUUACCACCACCUCUAGGAAUGCUGCAGAUUUUCCAGGGAUCAAAGGCUUAUUCUCUCAAUAUUACUGUAAGCUGCCUGUGAUGUUAAAAUAAAGAUUGAUUUAUUAUUUUC